AUGGAAUAUUUGAUUCUCUCGUACACUGUACAGCUUCAUUCAACCCUAUUUUACUUUAGUAAGUCGAACUUUACAGGAUUUUCAACAUGUAAAAAGGGCUUUGUCAAUGUUUCCAACUGGUGCUUUUCGUUCCAUCGCAAAGGAGAAACUUUUGCGAAGUCUGUUGAGAUUUGUGAGGAAACGGGGGGAGAAAUGGUGAUUCUGGAUUCACGGGAGAAAGAAAUAGCUCUCACGAGUUACAUGGCAGCCCACAAUUUUUCAUUCCACAUGUCCAUACCAUAUCGAGAGGUUUUAAAUUUAUUUUUUUUUCAGGGUUUGCGAAAGUCAUAUUUGACUUUAAAAGCAGCAGAAGAACAUGCCGAUAAUUUUUGUGAGUUUUACAAGAAGUAUAAUGCUACAAAACCAACAUCAAAAAUGUACAUCCCAAAUGCCAAGUUACCUGUGGAGUUUAGUGAACACAACCGUGCCAACUUAACAACACCUACCGGCUUCUGCAUCAAGACAUCCAGUAUUCCAAACGCAGGCCUCGGGGUAUGGACAGAAACCGAGAUCCCCAUUUAUAAAGUGGUAGGGAUCUACGAAGGGGAAGAGUUCUUUGACGACAAUGAUCAGGAUCACCUGUAUGCAUGGAUACUCAACUCGGGUGACAAAGGUGCAGCGACACAUUUUGUUGAUGGAGCCUCCCCCGCCAAAAGCAACUGGUUGAGGUAUGUCAACUGUCCUAGAAAUUCCAAAGAAGAAAAUGUCCAUUCCGUGAUCUGUGACGACUUGGUAUUUUAUAUGACGUCACAAGUUGUGACACCAAAUACUGAGUUACUUGUGUGGUAUGGAAGUUGGUACGGAUUUCGGUUAGGAAUCAAAAGCGUGCAUCCGGAGGACGAUCUAGAUCUGGAUAAUGCAUUUUAUGUUCGAGUUAGCAACUUAAAUCAAGAUUAUCCUGGAAAAUUUAGAUUCCACGACAACACCACUGUAACAUACACAAACUGGAAUCCUUCAAAGAUUAAUGAAUUUAACGAAGAUGAAUACUGGGAGCAUAUCAACGAACCGUUUGGAUUAUUACUUUCACAUAAAGAGGGGGAAUGGAGUUGGGUACCCGAGAAAGAUUACUCUUAUUUUACUGGUGAAGGGGGGCUAUAUCUGCCGUUUAUUUGCGAAUACAGUUCGAAUUUAAAACAGUGACUUUC